CCAGAGCACUGAGAGAUAUUAGCGCUGUGCAAUCUGUUGGCACUCUUCAAAUAACCAAUAAUAAUAGUAUUGGGUAUUGAUGUAACUGGCGUGAAUAAGGGAACCUUCUUCCUGAACACAGACAUUGGAGCCUGUUAUCAGCAUGAACUCCUAUGUGUUAGACAAACACAUGAAUAGUUCAUAUCAACCCUUCACUACAGCAAGCAUCAGAAUGAUACUACAGACUCCAACACUUCAACACUAAUGAUUAUUCACAAACAUUGGGGAAAUCACAGCAGAUAUUUAAAGAAGAUGGUGAAUUGGCAGGAACUGGGCAGCAAUCAUUAUGUACAGAGAGUAAUUUAGUCAUCAAACAAGAGGACAAGAAUUAUGCCUUAUCUAGUGAAAUUAUUAUCCCUGAGGAUAAGCCACAAACAUUUACUGAGUUUUUAAAACAUUUUAAAGAAGAGAAAAGUCCACAGUCUAGCCAAAUGAUUCAUACAAAGGAGAAACAUUUCAAAUGUACAGAAUGUGAGAAAAGCUUUAGAUAUGAGUUUCAUCUCCUAGAACACCACAACAUUCACACAGGUGAGAAGCCAAACACAUGUACUGAGGGUGUCAAAUGUUUUAUACAAAUGACAAAACGUCUAGCUCAUGAAAGGACCCACAUGGGGGAGAAAUCAUUUAGCUGUACAGAGUGUGGAAAAAGUUUUACACAAAAGAGUGAUCUAAAAAAGCAUGAAAGGAUUCACACAGGAGAAAAGCCAUUCACAUGUACAGAGUGUGGAAAAAGUUUUAGACAAAUAAGUAAUCUGAAAAACCAUGAAAGGAUUCACACAGGAGAAAAGCUUUUCACAUGUACAGAGUGUGGAAAAAGUUUUACAGAAAAGAGUAGUCUGAGAAAACAUGAAAGGAUUCACACAGGAGAAAAGCCUUUCACAUGUGCAGAGUGUGGAAAAAGUUUUACAGAAAAGAGAAAUCUCAAAAAGCAUGAAAGGAGUCACACAGGAGAAAAGCCUUUCACAUGUACAGAGUGUGGAAUAAGUUUUACACAAAUAAGUAGUCUGACAAAUCAUGAAAGGAUUCACACAGGAGAAAAGCCUUUCACAUGUACAGAAUGUGGAAAAGGUUUUAAAGAAAAGAGUAGUCUAAGGAAACAUGAAAUGAUUCACACAGGAGAAAAGCCUUUCAGAUGUGCAGAGUGUGGAAAAAGUUUUACACAUAUGUGUAAUCUGAAAAGGCAUGAACAGAGUCACACAGGAGAAAAGCCUUUCACAUGUACAGAGUGUGGAAUAAGUUUUACACAUAUAAGUAGUCUGACAAAUCAUGAAAGGAUUCACACAGGAGAAAAGCCUUUCACAUGUACAGAGUGUGGAAUAAGUUUUACACAAAUAAGUAGUCUGACAAAUCAUGAAAGGAUUCACACAGGAGAAAAGCCUUUCACAUGUACAGAGUGUGGAAAAAGUUUUACAGAAAAGAGUAGUCUGAAAAAACAUGAAAUGAUUCACACAGGGGAAAAGCCUUUCACAUGUACAGAGUGUGGAAAAUGUUUUACAGAAAAGAGUGAUCUGAAAAGACAUGAAAGGAUUCACACAGGGGAAAAGCCUUUUACAUGUACAGAGUGUGGAAUAAGUUUUACACAAAUAAGUAGUCUGACAAAUCAUGAAAGGAUUCACACAGGAGAAAAGCUUUUUACAUGUACAAAGUGUGGAAAAAGUUUUACAGAUAAGAGUAAUCUGAGAAGACAUGAAAGAUUUCACACUGGGGAAAAGCCUUUCAUAUGUACAGAGUGUGGAAAAUGUUUUACAGAAAAGAGUUCUCUGAAAAGGCAUGAAAGGAUUCACACAGGGGAAAAGCCUUUCACAUGUACAGAGUGUGGAAAAAGUUUUACACAGAAGUGUGAUCUGAAAAAUCAUGAAAGAAGUCACACAGGAGAAAAGCCUUUUACAUGUACAGAGUGUGGAAAAAGUUUUACAGAUAAGGGUAAUCUGAGAAAACAUGAAAUGAUUCACACAGGGGAAAAGCUUUUUGCAUGUACAGAGUGUGGAAAAAGUUUUACAGGGAAGAGUGAUCUGAAAAAUCAUGAAAGAAGUCACACAGGAGAAAAGCCUUUCACAUGUACAGAGUGUGGAAAAAGUUUUACAGAAAAGAGUAGUCUGAGAAAACAUGAAAGGAUUCACACAGGAGAAAAGCCUUUCACAUGUACAGAGUGUGGAAAAAGUUUUACAGAAAAGAGAAAUCUCAAAAAGCAUGAAAGGAUUCACACAGGAGAAAAGCCUUUCACAUGUGUAGAGUGUGGAAAAAGUUUUACACAUAUGUGUUAUCUGAAAAGGCAUGAACAGAGUCACACAGGAGAAAAGCCUUUCACAUGUACAGAGUGUGGAAUAAGUUUUACACAAAUAAGUAGUCUGAGAAAACAUGAAAGGAUUCACACAGGGGAGAAGCCUUUCACAUGUACAGAGUGUGGAAUAAGUUUUACACAAAUAAGUAGUCUGAGAAAACAUGAAAGGAUUCACACAGGGGAGAAGCCUUUCACAUGUACAGAGUGAGGAAAAAGUUUUACAGAAAAGAGUAGUCUGAGAAAACAUGAAAGGAUUCACACAGGAGAAAAGCCUUUCACAUGUACAGAGUGUGGAAAAUGUUUUACAGAAAAGAGUAGUCUGACAAAUCAUGAAAGGAUUCACACAGGAGAAAAUCCUUUCACAUGUACAGAGUGAGGAAAAUGUUUUACAGAAAAGAGAGAUCUGAAAACGCAUGAAAGGAUUCACACAGGAGAAAAGCCUUUCACAUGUACAGAGUGUGGAAAUAGCUUUACACAAAUGAGUAAUCUGAGAAAACAUGAAAGGAUUCACAAGGGAAGACACCUUUCACAUGUUUAGAAAGUGGAAAAAGGUUUUUAUUUAAAUCAGGUAUCACAAAACACCAAAUAUUUACACACAAAUAAACUUUAUUUACACAGUGUACAAACUUUUUUACAAUUAUCCUAAAGAGGACAAACUCUCUAAAUAGAAGCAUCAAAAGAGAUUUUAUUGUAAUAAUACUUUCUAAAUCCUAGUUAUAGAAGCCUUGGAUUGGAAGUGCUCUCCUGCUGUCCUUUGUGCCUCUAUAUAUGUGCACUUCAGUUUCUCUCAUAUAAAUGUGAUAGAAUCCAAAUACGACACAGGAAUAUACAAAUCUGCCCUCAUACUGACCAGUUUAGACAACUAUUCAUUACCAAAACACCCCCAGUGUUGUUUAUUAAUAUGACAGUGUUAGGAGUUGUACGUUUGAUUCACAUAGGGGAGAAAAUAAUUACAUUUACAUUUAGCGUACUAUGUACUCCUGUUACUGAGAGGAAAUAUGACCAAUAUUCAUAAGUAUAAAACAAAUAUGUUUAAUGGUGAUUAUAUUAAAAUCCCAUAUGGGUAGACAAUCUAAAAAACAAUACUUAAAAAUGUAGUAAAAGCUUUUAUCUAGACACCGGUGUCAAUAUGUAUCAGAUAUUCGUAAAUAAAAAUAAUAAAAAUAGCAAUCCUGAGAGGGUGGAGCCAGCACUGGAUAGUGAUGGCCGCACUUUAGGUGUGCUCCGGUGCCAUGGCCCACUAAAGUACUGUUUUAGUUACAUAGAACCGAUAACAAACACCUCAAGUGGCUGACCCAACACCCUGGAUAUGUGACAGAACAGUUGCGACCCGGCAGACAGCAAAGUUUACACGAAUUGUGAUGAAUUAGAUGCCGCUCUAUCUGUGCCGUACCUGAGUGUUACAAAACCAGCUGCAAGCAAGAUACGGAUCACCGCUAUUCUAUCUUUUGCAAGAGGCAAUCUCUCGACAUACCCGGAUGGCACUUACCCGGUAAGGAGUAUAGAUUCCAGGGCUCUCUAGCAGACGGUGUUGCUGAGGUCUGCGCACUCUGACGACGGGCCGACAUCAGCCCAGCCGCCAUUUUAAAUAGCCUACACAGUAGAUCGGGCCGUUGCUCAGUGCGCAGGCUAUCUCUUUCAUAGUGUUGGGCACAUCUGAAGUUAAGGACAUGUGUGAACAUGGGACAAAUAUAUGCUUUGACAUGAUCUCCCUUAAUACAUGAGUGCUGUCUAUAUAAGGCUACAAGUUUACCGCUCUCUGUACAAGCAUUACAAUAUUGCUGGAAAGGAUAAAUAUUUUGCCAAAUGUUUGGUGCACAGUGACCUGACUUUUACAUAAAUGAUAUACAAUAAAAUCUAUUCAAGCAACACAGCACAAGUCAUGUUACAGCUGUCUGGGAAACAGGGAAUAAAAAGAUGACCAUUUCUUCCACGUGCAUCUAGAGGGGGAUAUAAAUCACAACGUUGUUUAUGUGAAAACAUGCGACAUACCUCCCUCAUAACAAAUACAGUUUAGAGACUGCACCCUAGACAUAAUAUUGGGGUUUAUUCAUUAUUAUCAUAGCAAAGGAGACAACCCUGGCUACGAGAGUUACUUCUUAGAAGUGACUUCCUGAAAGAAUAAACUUGGGGCAUUAAAAGAUAAUUCAUUUAUCAGAACGGUUGUUACAAUUAUACACCAUAAUUAUUCUAGUUUGAUAAGCAAAUAAUAAGGUGUGACGUGUGUCACUUGCACAGAAUCUGAAACCGGAAACGGUGACGUCUAACAAAAUGUCUUCUAGGAAAAAUCCACAGGAAGGAAAACAUACUAAGAGUUCUAGCCAAAGCAACCCAUCAAUGGAUAAAUAUUUCAAAGCAGCUUCUCCUAGGAAGCAAAAAGAAGCCCCCUUAUUGUCACAAAAACCACACCAUUCAUCUAAUUCUUCAGAUUCUGGAUCAGAGGAGGAGGAUAGUCUGGUCUCAGUGCCACAAUCUAUAAUAUCUUCUAUUCCUUCAAAACAAGAUUUUUCUGCACUUAUUGUACAAGUGAAACAGUGCAUUAAGGAAGAGAUUUCUGAACUAAAAAAAGAUGUCGCAGAAAUUGGUAACAUAGUGGCCAAUCUAGAGGAGAAUAUUCAAGAGCACAACACAUGUAUAACAAAUACGAGCAACCAAUUAGCCCAACAAGAUCAAGCUAUUAUACAGCUUGAAGACAAAAUAGAGGAUCUAGAAAACCGAUCCAGACGGCAAAACAUCAGGAUACGGGGGAUACCAGAAGAGGUUGACACAUCAGUCCUAACCGAAUAUCUUCAAUCUCUGUUUUCCCAACUUCGGGACCCAACAGACCACACUACCGUGAGCAUUGAUAGAGCCCAUAGGGCUCUGAGACCCAGAGCCCCUGAUUCAGCUCCUCCUAGGGACGUGAUAGCCAAAAUCACUAACUACCAGAUGAAAGAGCAAAUUAUGGCGGCGGCAAGAGAAAAACGCCCCAUCCAAAAAGAUGGUAUAACCCUUCAAUUUUUUGCUGAUCUAUCAACUAGAACUCUUGCAAGAAGAAAAGAAUUAUCUACGCUCACUAAACAUCUCCAAACCAGGAACAUAAACUAUAGAUGGGGUCACCCUUUUCAGCUGAUAGUAGUUUGGAAGAACAGGAGGGCAACUUGUUCCUCAACUUUGGAAAUUGAAGAUUGUUGCAAGAAGUUAGAAAUUCCUUCUCCAACACCGGAUCUUGACCCCAAGCAAGAUUCUAACCCAGCAGCCAACCCUCGAGCACCCCCUAUGCCACAACGUAAAGAGUGGCAAAUGGUCCUCAGUAAAAGAUUGAAGAACACCUCACUUCUGGAUUCCAGAGCCCAAUUGGGCUGAGCAUUGAACAAUUCUAUGGUAUCCUUUAAGAUCCUGGUUACAGGAGUAUGUGGAUUUUGGUUUAUAUUAAGUUUGUAUUGCAUUGUCAUGUUAAUACAUCUUCAGGUAAAAAAAAAAUAAUUUUUGUGUAUUUAUCACAAAUACUUAGUGGGCUAGGUUAUUUCCAAUUUGGAUUUCUUAGCCAUUUCCCUCUGGUAUUUUUACAGGUUGUAAAUUAUUCUGGUUACUUAUGUUCAUACUGUUAAGAUGUUUUUAGGUUAUUUAGUUGUUUUUUUUUUCCUUUUGCAUAGAAAUUAUAUCAAGUAUAUGGGUACUUCAAUAGAUACGGAGCAGGAGCAGGUGAGGUAAAAUGAUGACUGACGCUUUUGUUCAAAUAUUAUUACAGAAUGUGAAAGGUUUCAAUGUUCCUCAAAAGAGGUCACUAGCUGUAAGAGAUAUACUACAAAAAGGAGGGGAAAUAGUGGGGCUUCAGGAGACCCAUUUUAAAAAGGGGUCAAUCCCGAAAUAUAUACAUAGUAGCUUUACUCAACAUUAUCACAGCACACACAAUAACAAAAAGAUUAAUGGAGUAAGCAUUCUUAUUAACAAAUCAAUACCAUUCAAACUAAUAGAUCAAAACAAGGACACAGAGGGCAGAUUUUUAGCUAUUAGCGGUAUCCUCUAUAAUAAGAUGGUAACACUGGUAAACAUAUACGCACCAAAUCAGGGACAAGCGGCCUUUUUUAAAUUGUUACUACCCAAAAUUCAAGACAUCCAAAAGGGCCAAUUGAUAGUCAUGGGAGACUUUAAUUUGCCCAUCAAUCCCAAACUUGACAGCUCUAAUCCUAAAAUAAAUAUAACAAAAGCAACAUCUAAAUCCAUGUGGAAUUUUAUUAGAAUUUUAGGCCUACACGACCCAUGGAGAGUGUCACAUCCUAAACAAAGAGAUUACACAUUUUUCUCCAACCCAAACAAAUAAUACUCUAAAAUUGAUUUCAUAUUACUUGACCAUCUAACCUUGGCACAGGCCGUCAAUUCUUGUAUCUCACAUACAGCAUGGUCAGACCAUUCUAUGGUCAAGUGUUCCAUUAAUUGGCCUUCAGCUCCUUUAAGGGAUUCUACAUGGAAAUUAGAGGAGUCUUUAUUACUAGACCCACUGGUGCAAGAAACAAUGGAAAUAAGGGAAUUCUUUGAUAGAAAUGUACAGGAAGAUAUGACCCCGUCCACAAUCUGGGAAGCCCAUAAGUGUUAUAUAAGAGGAAUACUGAUUAAAAUUAGAGCAAACAAAGUUAAGCAACAGAGAGAGGAAUAUCAUCAUAUAGCAAAAGAAUUAGAAAAUCUAGACUAUUUACACAAACUUCAUCCACAAAACGAAGAUACUCUCCAUCAAUUAAAUUUUUACAAAUCUAAAAUGAUGUCGCACCUACAUAUAAAAGCUCAAAACACAGCAUACAAACUAAAACAGAAAUUUUACUGUGAAGCUAACAAACCUGGACGAUUACUUUCCAGAUCACUUAAAACUAAACAGGCAAAAUCAUACAUAGACUCUAUAAAUAAUUCUAGUGGUGAGAAGGUUGAAGAUACAAAACGAAUUGCAGACACUUUCAAAACUUAUUACCAUACUCUAUAUAACCUAUUUCCCGACAGGUCAAGUACGGAUCAUAAAAUUAAAUGUAUGACAUAUCUAGAUAACGUCCAUGUCCCGACAAUCUCUGAAACAGACAGGGAGAUCUUACAAGCUCCAAUAAAUAGUAAGGAAGUUGGCGAAGCAAUAAGAUCACUGAAACCGGAAAAAGCACCGGGACCAGACGGUUUCUCCGGGUCAUAUUAUAAACUAUUUUCCCAGUUCCUAAUACCACACUUAUUAAAGACUUUCCAACAGGUUGAUGCUGGAGACAUUCUGCCAGAAUCCAUGUUACAAGCACAUAUCACUAUUAUCCCUAAACCGGGCAGAAAUGCCGAUACACCCUCUAAUUUUCGCCUAAUUUCCUUGUUAAAUAUACUGUUAAAUUUUUAUUUUAUUUUCAAAAAUAAAAAUAAUUAUAAUACAUUUGUUUAGGAGGCGCAGCUCCUGUACUUCACAUAAGCGAAAACAGCCAAUUUCUACUUAUUAGCAUGAUACAACCAGUUACCUUCAUUAAUACCAAAAAACACAAUUUUUUUUUUAAAAAAAUAGCUUCUUAUAUAUUUACAUAUUUUAACUACCAAGAUAUCAAUUAUAAACCUAUCCAUAUUAAUGACUGAGCUAUGAAUGAAACUACAAAUGUCUAUGUGAGCGUCAUUGUAGGUCUAUAUCAUCUUCGAAACCCUCUUAUCUAUUCAGUAUGUGUCCUCUGUCAGUAUAACAGUUAGCGAGAGAUUUCCGCUUUCAACAACUAAGAAUUAUUGGAUGGUACGAAGGAUAUAUUCAUUUACUAACCUUAUUUCUCAGAGCCUAAGUUCCUAAUCCCUUAAAAUAUCAAAAAUUAGUCUGCUUAGCCUUGAUCUGGGGAGGAGAGGAAAAGAGGGAGGGGGCGAGAGGAAGAAAGAAGAAAAAAAGAAAGAAAAAAAAAAAAUGAAGGAAAUUAUAUGGUAGUAUACUAAACUAUGAGUAGAGUGGCAUUAGUGCUAUAUACCUGUAGGGGGAAAUAUAUCAAACUCUUCAAAAGCUAUUGAUCGAACCAUACUCUAGGUAGGAGACCCAGCUCUAUUUGGCGUUGUACCCAGACUGAGGACUUGAAUUUAUUCACCACUUGUCUCUGUAUCUCUAAAGGGAGUGAAUAGAUAUACCUCUUCCAUUUACUGAAGAAUCUGGUGAUCAUUUUUGGAUUAUUGACUUUUACCUGACACUGUUCCAUCACCAUUUGAUGUUGCACUUCUUUUAAAAAGUCUGUGAACUUAGGUGAUUUAUGAUAUUUCCAAUUUUUUAAUAUUAUAUUGCGAGCUGUCAAGAUUGAUAGAUUCAAAAAUCUAUUGUUAGGUGUCGCGGGCGAGAAUUUGCAUAAAAAUAUUAUUUGGUGUGGAGUAACUUUAAAUUUUAUCCCCAUUAAUUUACCUAUCCAGAAAUUUGUCUUUUGCCAAAAUUGAAAUAUUUUGGGGCACUCCCAGAAGCAAUGCAAAAAAUCUGUCUGUUCUUUACUGCAUUUGGGGCAGUUCUUAUUCUCAGGACGCCAUUUUGCCAAACUAGUAGGCGUUAAAUACGCCCUAUUUAAUAGUUUCAUGUUGGAUUCCUUCCACGAAUGCAUACAUGUCGCCCCAGCUGCAAGAGUGAUACUCUGUGUAAAGGUAUCACUCUCUACCUCCAUUUUUUCUUUAGCCCAUUUUGAUGAUAUUUCAAUUAUAUUUUUCUGACCCAGAAGUUUCAUAAUUACACCAUAAAUUAUGGAGAUAGAAUUCACCCCCUCACUAUAUUGUGUAAUAAUAUUCUGCAAAUAUUUACUGUCAAUCUCCGGACCCGAUUCUUGCCUUAAAUUCUCUACCCAAUGCCUAAUUUGCAAAAAAGCAAAAAAACUAAAUUUUGGAAUAUCGAACUGUUGUGUUAUAGUUUCAAAAGAGUGGAGCCGCAAAUUGCUCCCAUCACAUAGCUGGAUCACAUAUUUCACUCCUCGUUCAGCCCAUAGCUCAAAUAUUGAUGGGUUAUGGGCUGCUGGGAAACUAGGAUUGCCACAUAUAGGUAAAAAUUCUGAUUUUCGAAAAUCAAUUACCAGUUCCUUAUAUACUUUCUGCCAAGCCUGUACAAUAUACUUAAAGGUGUGAAGAUAAUUAACUGGGUCUGGAAGCUUACUUGCUGGGUGGUGUAGAAUCGCCUUAAGAUUAAACGGCUUUAUCAAUAUCGACUCCAAGUCAUAAUACGUAACCAGAUUUUUUUCGGUAAUCCAGUCCAAAGCAAAUUUCACGACAGCUGCAUAGUUAUAGAACUUUAAGUUGGGACAAGCCAUUCCACCAAAAGCUUUAGGUAAUGUUAACUUAUGAAGUGAUAUACGUGGUUUCUUACCUUGCCAGAUGAAUUGAUUAAAAAAUCUAUUAAGGAGGAGAUGAUCUUUUUUGUAUAACAAAAGGGGAAGAUUCUGUAGGAAAUAUAGAAUUUUAGGGAGUAGAACUACUUUGAUCAGCAUUAUUCGGGCCGUAAGCGAGAGGGGGAGAUUGCUCCAACUCCGUAAUUUAGACAGUAGUCCCUUAAUACAUUGUUUGAGAUUGAGCUCAUACCAGCGACUGGGAUCCCUAGUUAACCUGAUUCCUAGGUAUGUGAUCUGUAGCGAUUCUAUAAAUGGAUGCCGGCUCUGACCUAGAGGUUUACGGAUCCACAUGAUCUCAGAUUUUUCAUAAUUUAUUUUAUAUCCUGAAAAGGAGCUAAAGAGAUUAAAUAUUUCCAGAAGACGAGGGAUAGAGUCCUGUGUGUUACUAAGAAAUAGAAGGAGGUCAUCUGCAUAUAACGAAAGAACUAUCUUAUGGCUCCCUACCUGAAUACCAUGUAGUUCCUUCCUUAGAUACAUUGCCAGUGGUUCAAGAGACAGAUUAAAUAGGAAAGGCGACAGCGGGCAUCCUUGCCGCGUACCUCGACCGAGAAUAACCUUUUCAGUUGCUUCCCCAUUUACUAUAAUUGUGGAGGUUGGUGCCUUGUAAAGCUGUGAUAUAAAUUGUUGGAAAUUACCAGCUAUACCAAAUUUCCCCAAAACCGUUAUUAAAUGAUCCCAUAUAAUGGAAUCGAAUGCUUUCUCAGCGUCGAUCGUGAGAAUAGCAAGAUCUGGCUUAAUAUAAGAUCUCUGUCUUUCCACUUUAUUCCAAAAGAAAUCCAGAACCAAUUGCACUUUCCUCAGGUUCUUGACAGGAUUCCUUCCUGUCAUAAAACCGGUCUGAUCCUGAUGCACCAGAUAACCUAAAGGCACUUUUAAUCUAUUAGCAAGAAUGUAAGUAAGAAUUUUAUAAUCUUGAUUCAAGAGUGAGAUAGGCCUGUAGGAAGAGGGCAAUUCAAGAUCUUUAUCUUUCUUUGGAAUCAAAACUAUGUUGGACGCCGCGAACAAGCACGACUGUGACUUGUUCUGGGUGUAAUAGUUAUUAUAAAGUUGAACCAGCACCGUCGGAACCUGAUCGAGAAGCAAUUUAUAGAAUUCUGCUGGGAGAGAGUCUGGCCCGGAAGCUUUCCCGAGUUUUAACUUUUUAAUAGAGUUAAUGACUUCUUCCAGAGAAAUAGGAUCAUUCAGUCUUAGCAGAUCCUCUCUCGUGAUUUGAGGCAUGGUGAACCCUUGCCAGAAUUGUUGUUUCGACGAUAUAUCUAUCUGUUUAGCUGCAUAUAGUUCUUGGAAGGUCUGAAAAAAAACUUCACUAAUUCCGGCAGGAUCAGUCACCCUGUUGUUUCUAAAUUUAACUGCAGUGAUAAAAUUCUUCUGUUGUCUAAUCUUAACAAUUCUAGCUCGAUAUUUAGCUGACGUACCUUGAGCCCCAGAAUAUAUGGCCUUCAAUUUAAGUUCUUCUGAUAUCGAGUUUUGUUUCAAAAAAAGAUCAUAGAGCGCUUUGCUCUCCUUGUAUUUAAGCCACUGCUCUGGCAAAGGAUUACUUAAAUAUUUCCUAUAGUUGUUGCUUAAGGUAUUCGCGAGUUGCUCCUCCCUUUUCCCCCAAAUUGUUCGAAUCCUAGCCAAGUAUGCCUUUAUCUCCUCUGAAAACCGCUUUCACCGUUUCCCAGAGAAUUUCUGGUCUAUUUAUAUAGUCUUUAUUCUCGGCCCUAAAUUGAUACCAUCUGUUCUUAACCCAUUUUUUAAAGUGCAAAUUAUGAUAGAGGUAUUGAGGAAAGUAAAACCUAGUAUUUUUCAACCUGCUCUUAUCACUUAUUCCAAUCUCUAGUGUGAUAGUAGCAUGGUCAGAGACCAGGAUCUCACCAAUGUCUGCCCGAAUUUGCAUUCUAGCCAUGUGUUUAGAGAUUAGAAAAUAAUCUAUUCUAGAAAAAGAGGAGUGGGCGCGUGAAACACACGUAUACUCGCGGCGAUCCGGGUUUUGUCCCCGCCAUACAUCGUAUAGAGCUAACUUCUUCCUAAACAUUUGGAGGAUAUCAGUUUCCCUGGCCUUUCUCGGCAAGAAUCUUGUCUUGGAUCUGUCUAGAAUAUGCGAGAAAGCCAUAUUGAAAUCCCCUACCACCACUAAAUUUUUCCCCGUAUGCAUAAAUAAUUUUAAACUUAAAUCUUCCCAAAAUCCUUUAUCGAUCAGGUUGGGACCAUAUAUAUUACAGAAAACAAAAUUAGAACCGUCAAUUUCGAUCUCCAUAAUCUGAUAUCUCCCAUUAGAGUCAUUUUCUCAUGUAAUAAUUUUACAGUCCAACUGUUUCCUUAUUAAAAUAGCGAGGCCUCUCUUUGCUUUAUCAUAUGGGGUAAAUAAUAUCUCCCCCACCCACUUAGAUCUAAGUUUAACUGCUUCUUUUGGUCUGAGAUGGGUCUCCUGGAUAAAUGCUAUGUCUGGCUUUUGGAGUCCGAGAUGUCUAAUAAUCAAUUUCCUUUUGCUAGGGCAUGAGAUCCCCCCAACAUUCCAGGAUACUAAUUUCAACUUAACCAUCUAAAUAAAUGGCCGAGAGAAAAAAAAAAAAAAAGGGAAUACGCUCCCCACCCCAUUCCCCCUCCUCAAAUCUACUGGAUUCCUAAUGUCAUCUACCUCGCUUCCCCCCCAGUUACGUAUUGUUAAAAUUCUAUUUAUGUGUUUAGGCAUUCCUAUACCUAUAUCGUUCCCCAGCACAACCAACAUUAUCACUUCUUCUUGCCUCAUCCUCAUUCCUUUCUUUAUGGGACCCUUCUCCUACCUUACUUCCUUUAUUGUAAACCUAAACUCUGGCAAAAUAUUUUAAUCUCUUCCGGCUUCGUAAAGCUGUGAGAUUCGCCAUCUUUUUCCAAAAUUACCUUAGCAGGAUAUACCAAUCUUGCCUUUAAAUUAGCUUUAAUCAUUUUAGAGUAGUAAGGGGCCAUUUCCCUGCGCCUGUUUUGAGUUUCUAUUGAAAAAUCCUGAAAUAUUAAAAUUUUGUGGGAGCCAAUCAUGAGAUUGUUAUUUUUACGGUAUAAUCUGAGGAUAUGGAAUUUGUCUUGGAAAUUCAAAAAUUUAAUAAUUACUGCUCGCGGUCUUACCUGAGUAUCUGGACUUCCUCUAGGAGGGCCUAAUCUAUGUGCUCUCUCUAUCGGGAUUCUUAUGUUUUCAAUGUUACUACCAAGUAAUUUGGGGAGUUGUGUAGCAGCAAAAUUUAUCAGAUCUUGAAACUCUGCCGUUUCCGGUAGCCCAACAACCCUGAGGUUGUUGCACCGUGCCCUAUCCUCAAGUUCUUCUAAUUUAGCUUGUAGUGAGAGAAGUCUGACCUCAUGCGAGUUAGUCAUCUGAUCCUUUGUUACUGCUCUAUCUUCUAGAUCUGAGACUCUCGGUUCAAUUUAAUUCAUACGAGUUGCAAACUGCUUUAUUUCAUUGGUAACUGUUGCCAUUUCUUGUUUUAAAACUUCAAAUUGUGGCAUAACUAGCUCAGAGAUCUGUUGGAUUAAUGAAGUAUUGUCUAAAGAGCUCACCGCUAGUUCAUUCUGACUUUGCGUGUCUGAACUGCUUUCACUGGACUUAGAUUUUUUAUCUUUAGUUUUAGGUGGCAUGCUGGGUGAAGAGGGUUUAGAAUGUGAUAUAUAUCUUUCCAUAUAUUCGGUGAAAAGGUGAAUCGUGACUUAUACAAAAUCUAAUUAAAAACUUAGUCCUAACCGUGUUAAUUAGUGCUAAAGGUACAGAACCUCUAAUUAUAGGCUAAUACUGAUACCUAGAACUUCUAAGAGAGCUUGAAAAUAGGUGCAGCUCAAACAACAAUAUCAGACCAGCCUUCAAACCUGCUGGAAUGUAUAGACACAGUGAGUGUGAUGUGAUAUGUCAAAACAAAAAAACAAAAAAAACAGUGAAUCAAAAAAUCCUAUUGUGCUUACUUCAGUACAGAGCCAUCAUGAAUCAACAGAGCAUCACACAAUACAUAUGUUAAUCAUAAUAUCCAUAAAAGAAAAAAAAAGAAAAAAAAAUAGUGGGCACACCACGCAUAAACUAUUCAAUAUUAACUCAAAAUACUUAUUUCCAAUGCAGCACAGUCACAGUACUAUUCAAAUCUACACCAUUUUAUGUAUCAGAGAUAGAAACCUAAAAAGGUGAAAACCUUGCUAGCUGGCAACCUAUUUCUUAUCGAUUCCUUUUUAUCAGUUACCAAUAAUAUGCAGUAUAUUCAUAGUAUGCAUAAUAAAUCUCUGUGUGUUACUUAAUAGAGAGGGGCAUGGAUCUAUAUAAAUGCAACACACAAGUUCUCCACUUUCCUUUCUCUUUAUUUGAAUACUAUGGGUAAUAACCUUUUCUAUCCCUUCCUCUCCAGACCUCUUUCCCCUUUUUUUCCCCCUUAAGAAGAAAUGCUCAGCAUUAAGCUAUAGUGUGGGGAAAGAUGCCUCGGGGGAUAUAUUUAUUAAUUUAUAUUACCCAGUGCUUUUCAGGACAGUUUCCUAGGGGAGAACUUAUGUUUAAGCCCUUUAUUGGCAGCUAAACCUACAUGCGCUUAACCACUAUUACUAGGCAGACUUAAUAGAUAAAAUAGCUUUAUCAAAUACACAUAAUGGCCUCAGAUAGAUCAAAUGAUAAUAUUGACAUAUGUUGGCAUAUUCAGUAUAUCCUUGCUCCACGGAUUGUACUGGUCUAAAAGUUAUAAGUUAUAGCCAAGAAGUCACAGUUCCUGUAACAAUCAAAAAUUAGAGACUUGUUCAAGCAAAACAAAAAAUUAUUUUAACAGUUCUAUUUCUUUUGGGGUCUGGAUAUAUUUUCAGUAGAGUAAGCAGUUCAAAUGUUAUGCCAGGGUUCUAUAUGAGAUAACAUUUCUUAGUGUCACUUUAUAUAGAGAGUGCGUCCCCAAAAACUCCUUAAAUGAGCACAAACAAGAAGAAUUUUCUGUAUUGGGGGCAGAAACUCUUAUUUUCAGAAUGUCUCCGCUUUAUUUCUCAAGGUCCAUGCUGAAAUUGAUUUAAUAGUCCCAAUUAAGGCCCUGGCUAAAGGAGAGGGCAGGCCUGUUUUAACUCCAAUUAGGGGAUAAUUGUGCCCCUCCAGAUCAGAGACUCCUGACUGUUAAAGCGUUUAAUUACAAGUUGCAAUAAUCUGGCAUAGAUUCCUUCCAGUAGUCUUACCGGACCGGGCAGUACAAACCAUGCCCCAGCAACCAGGAUCACUUCGUUGUCCUCGAUGUCCACUCACCAGCUGGUUACACUGAUUCCGCCGAUAGUUCCGGCGCGCAGGUAUGCCCCUCUUGUGCGGAGUAGUUACCGUGAUAGAGCCAACCCAGCUGCAGGAUCCACAGGAAGACCGCCAAACAUAGCGGAACGGAAAGGGCCGCAGCUCCCGGACACCUCCGUGAACGCCGCCCCAGCCACCGCAGACAGGACUCCACUCCUCUCCUGGGCCUCCAGAUAAGUAUCCUCAAAGCCGGGUUCUUUAGGUCUUAAGGUGUGCUGUAGUUAUGGUGUGGUUGUGCUGGUUGCAAGAACGCCUUCCAGGCGUCGUGACUCUGCUCCAGAGUCGAUCUGCAGGGAUUUCUGUCGGCCUCUGCUGUAUAGAUUCCAAGCCAGGUGUUUCUCGCCGGCCAAGGAACAAACGCAGGUGGGGUUAGAUCGAAGUUGCCCUUCACAUCAGAGCGCUGUGCUAGCAUGCAACCUGCUGCUAGCUCCUCCCCUUCCGACCGGAUGUGGGCCUCCAGACUUAAUAAAUUAUUACCGACAUUGAUUUCCCCAGAUCAGGUGGGGUUUGUACCGCGGAGAGAGGCGAGAGAUAAUACCGUCAAACUUUUAAACAUUUUGGAAUAUAUUAAUAACAAUGAUAUCCCAUCGGUAUUGUUAUCUACGGAUGCUGAGAAAGCGUUCGAUAGAUUGGAUUGGACCUUUCUUGAAACUACACUCAUUAAAUUUAAUUUUCCAUUCUCUUUCAUAAACAAAAUUAUGGCCCUAUAUUCUUUUCCCACAGCACAAAUUAGAGUAAACGGUACGCUUUCUGAACAGUUUGAAAUUCGAAAUGGAACGCGGCAGGGUUGCCCACUUUCCCCACUAUUAUUCAUUCUUUCAUUAGAAAUAUUUGCAUGCAAAAUUCGACUAAAUGACUCUAUAAAAGGUAUAAAAAUCAACCAGAGGGAAUAUAAACUCUCUAUGUUCGCAGAUGAUGUUUUGAUGUCCCACGCUAACCCUCUUGUCUCUCUCUCCGUGGUGCAAACAGCCCUACUAGAAUACGGAGCGGUUUCAAACUUCUUGAUAAAUGCCAAUAAAUCACAUUUACUUCCAUUACACUUAUCUACCUCUGACAUAACCACUAUUCAGAACAAAAGCUCCUUUGUGGUACAACAGAAACCCAUUAAAUACCUAGGGAUAUACCUCUCGAGCAAUUUAGAUACAAUUCGAACAAUCAACUACUCUAAGCUACUAAAUAACAUCUCCAAUCAGGCCUCAUCAUGGAUGUCAAAAAUACUUCUUGGAUAGGAAGGGUAAAUUCGGUCAAAAUGGUACUAUUGCCAAAGAUCCUAUACAUCCUUCAGGCAUUACCACUCCCGAACACCAACACCUAUAUACAGAAACUUCAAAAAGUGAUAUUUAAAUAUAUUUGGAAAAAAAGACCAUCCAGAGUAAAUCAGUCAUCCAUGUAUGCACACAAAAAUAUGGGAGGUUUGGGGGUACCUAAUAUAUUAUUAUAUAAACAGGCUAUUUCACUACAAAGAAUUCUAGAGUGGUGCAGAUACGACCCCACAGAUUCAAAACACUGGGUACAAAUGGAACAUGACAUUUCGGGAAUGUCUCAACUAGGGGGGUCAUGUUGGUUACCCAACUCACUAUCAAAAUCUCAACUUUCCCACUCUUCCACAAUAAUGAAUACUAUUUCGGAUUGGAAACACAUACGUGACAAAUAUAAAGGCAUAUCUAGUACUUACUCACCCUUAACUCCAAUUUUAGCAAACCCCGAAUUCGCGGAGGGCAAGGAAUAUAAUAUAAUAAGUGUCAACAGCCUAAAGGGACACAUCCCAAUUACAUUAAUAACCAAACUAGGUAAAUUACUACCCAGGAAUGAACUAGGGGACCUGGGCAACAGGUUUUUCGACCAAUGGUUACGAUACCAUCAAGUCAGCCAUUAUAUAGCGACACACAGAAAUAGGACAAACUUACUGAGAACACCAACAACUUUUGAACUUAUGUGUAUUUCUAAAGAUCCACAAAAAGGGAUAAUCUCCAUAUUGUAUAAACUUCUGCUCACUGCUACAUCCCCCAAACCACAUAGUUAUGUAAAAGGCUGGGAGAGAGAACUAUUGGGGAAACAAGACCCUAAGAUCUGGGACAACAUUUUCCAAAGCAUAGCCCAUUCCGCACACACAACGUACGCAUUAGAAACAAACUACAAAAUAUUAUUUAAAUGGUACCUUACACCAAACAGAAUGAAGUAUUUGUUUCCUUCAGCUAAUGAAAAGUGUUGGAGAUGCAAGCAAGAGGUGGGUGACAUGGGUCACAUCUGGUGGACAUGUACAAAAAUUAAAACUUUUUGGGUGAAAAUAACAGAUGAAAUAAACAAGGCCUUAUCGAGUAAUUUAGCUCCUACUCCACUAGUUUGCUUAUUUAAUGUACUAAAGGAGAUUAGGUGUUCAAUUAGGAGAAACAUUGGGCAUAUCAUGCUCAAUGCAGCUAAACAACUAAUAGCUUCUGCAUGGAGAUCCGAUAGGAUUCCCACGAUUGAAACAUGGUUAGAAAAAAUUAAGAGCACCCUGAUGCUGGAGAGAUACUUCUAUCUUAAAACUAACCGCUUAACUUUGUAUAGCGAAAUGAUGUUUUAUUGGGAGUCAUAUAUGGGCUCCAGGUAGGACAAAUAGGAGAUUCGACACCUAUGUUUGUUUAUUUUGCACACCUCAUUUUAUCUUUUAGACUGUGCUAACCUGUCCUUCCAUAAUAUAUUACCCAUUUAGAGAUCAAGAGAAAAAGGAAAUGAACUCUGCAAGUAUUAGUUGAAGUUGUUUUUUUUUGUUUGUUUUUUGCUUAUUGUUGUUAAAUACUGAUUUUGUUUCUUUUUGAUAUCAUAGAUGCAUUGUGAUAGUUUAGGGGAUUCUAACUCUACAGCCUUGAUAUAUGAAAGAGAAAAUGUGAAUCAAUGUUUUCCUAGGAUAUUGUAACUGUAAACUAUAAUUGUUUGACUUAGCUAGGAUUUGUGGAGAGACUUUUUGUUACAUCACUAUGCAUCUACUUGGAUUGUAAAAAGUAUAUGUUGGAAAAUCAAUAAAGGAAUAUUGAUAAUAAAAAAAAA